GCCCUUCGAAGCAUUUCGCUUGCCAGCGAUGACGAAGGUCGAAGUGCUGCGCCUGGUGGCGCCGCCACCGCCCAUGUUGAAGGAACUUCGGCGCAAGUCCACUGAAGCGCACGUGCAUCGGCAUCACGGUCCGACGGCGGCGGAAAUGCGCCGGUGCUCGACGUCGAUAGCAGAUCUGGUCAAUACCUUGGAAGAAAGCAGCAAUGCCAUGUUGACUCCCAUAACCGUACAGCGCAAGUUUCAUAGUCACCAUAAAGCCCCGCCGCCGAAUACGUGGCGGCGGCGGGUGCGGCAGCUCAUCAAGUACCCCCACGCCACCAUGCUCGGACGCGUUCGUCACUACGGGUUGCUGUUCGCAAUUGUUGUGAAUUUCGUCCCCAUGAUGAUGGAGACCAUGGACGGACCUGCCCACGGCGGCAGUGACCCGCGGUAUCCCCUCCUGCCUUCCACAACGACCUACUUUUACUUGGACGUGGUCUUCACAGCCGUGUUCGGCCUCGACUUUGCCGUUCGGUGGGUCGUAGCCAAGCGACAGCGAAAGUUUUGGGCCCAGUUGGUGACGUGGAUCGACGUGUUGGGCCUGCUGCACCUCGUGGGGAUGGUCGUGAUGACGUACCUACUGCACUGGAACCAGGCGUUGAUUUCGUCCGUGGAGAAGUACCUCCAACUCCUGCGACUGUUUCGCAUUGUGCGGGUCACAUACAUGCUCCGCAACGUCAGUGGCAUUCGCGUGCUGCAAGCCACGUUGCUCGAGUGUGUCCAUCCGCUCCAAAUCACACUGUUCUUCCUCGUCACGAUCGUCAUGAUGCUGGCCACGGUACUGUAUUACGCCCAACCAUGCUACGAUGACACCAAGUGUACAUUCACGGACAUCAUCAACACGAGCUACUAUAUCAUGGUCACCGUUGCGACGGUCGGGUACGGCGACCAAGUGCCUGACGUGACCAACCCACUGGCCGUCGUCGUCGCCACCGUCGCCAUGAUCUUUGGCGCGUUAUACCUGGCCAUGCCGUUUGCGAUCAUUGGCAUCAAGUACGAGCUCACGUGGCGGCGGUUUGAGAACGUGUCGCGAACCACUCGAAGCACGCUGGAGCUGCACGCAGCGCUCAAGGCCAUCUCCAUCCAGCCGCUGCAUCCGCAGUCGAAUCAUGCCAAUUUGCACAUGCACCGCACCAUCGGCGCCAUCGCGCGCCUGGCACGACUCGUCGACGCUUACAUCACCAUUCCCAACGACCGCCUCUUCAUGGACGACAACACACUUAACCAAGCGUUUAUGGAGCUACACGCCGCGGGGAGCCACGCGAUUCAAACGUUUCAAACGCUUUUGUCGGUUCUGUUUCCGCUUUUGCCGCCGGACUUUGACUUUUCCAUGCCCCGAGCCUCGUUUGUUGCGCACCCCCCCGGCAUGCCUCGCCGCGGGUCGUCGCUGCUCCUCUUCGCCGGGGACAUUCUCACCAAGGCCAGGAAACGAGUGGGGCAGCUGCAGCGCGCCGACACACCUAUCAAUCUCCUGGACCCAAACCUGUCAUUCCGACGGCGACUGCGGUUCAGCCUCCGGUCCACGAGCUACGGAUCAUGGGCGAAUCGGUUCUACCUGUCGUCGGUCUUGCUCAGUGUGGUAGUCUUUUACGCCGAGUCGGUGCCUGAAUUGCAAGCGUUUGGUCCCACAAGUCAUCUGUGUCACAUGGUCAUGGAAGCAUACUGCAAUUCGGCCGCGUCGUCGUCGGUUGAGGCCAGCCCAGGUUGCUAUGUGGCUGCUGCCACCACAAUAGAACCCCCGGCCAAAGUAACGUUUUACUGCGAUGAAGACACUGACCCAGCCAAACAACUACAGUCAUGCUUUGGUAUGGGACUCAACUACGGCGGCAACGAAUCCACGAUGGAGUGCGCCACAAGCUUUGCCCAGCCGUCGAAAGUGUGCAACUUGCGCGAAUGCAAACGGGACCACGUGCCUGUUAUCGACUUGACGCGCCAGUGGAUCUACAUCGAAGUGUACCUGGCAGUGGCAUUUACACUUGAGCUUAGCCUGCGGUUCUACGUGUCCAACCACCGCCGCCGGUUUCUACGGUCGUCCAGCACGUGGAUCGAUAUCUUGGCCAUCAUUCCGUUCUACGCUCAAACGAUGACCGGACUGGCCGCGGGCCGCCGCCCCGUCUACGUGAGCUCUCCAGUAUUUCCGACCCUGUUGUCAGUGUUGCCCAUCAUGAAGACCAUUCGCAUUCUCAAGCUUGGAUGGUAUUUCCAAGGCAGCGCCGUCUUGGCGCGCACGGCCGCCCUCACGUAUGAGCGCCUAGCGAUUCCGGUACACAAUUCGCGGUUGGUUUGGUUUGGUUUGUUUAUGGAGGGUAUGAUAGCUGUUUUUCCUAUUUCUCGCGUGUGCGUCCGCGGGGGCCAUCUUUUUUGAAGUCGAGCGCGGAACGUCCUGCAAAGCGGGGGUGCCGUGCAUGUACUUUCACACUGAUCUUAUGACGGCGGCCAUUGCUGCGCAGUUUCCAUAUGGCAAACACAUCCAACUCCACGUCGAGGGUCUGGUCAAACUCAAAGACAUGUGGCGCACGACGUGGAUGUCUGCCGUCACGCUCACGGGGGUCGGGUACGGCGACUUGACGCCGAAAACGCCCGCCGGUUGCCUCUUUGACAUGCUCACGAUGGUGUUUGGGUCGUGCUACACGGCCAUGCCGCUGUCGUUGAUUGGCGGCCAGUUCUACUACUGCUAUGAGCAAUACAUCAAGGAAACACGGGUGCAGCAACCACAUACAUACCCAUCCGCAUAUCAUGGACUUCUCAUUCGUGUUGCGUGGUUGCUAGCCGACAGCACAAGGCGUGGCCAAGGUGCUAGCAGCAGGAGCCGUUCAUCCACCAGACCCCGACGUCAAGGUCACUUCAGUCCCGCAAGUGAAGGUAGCGCCGGUGCUCUCUCGUCCUGCAUGCGACCUCUUGUCCUCCGCGCGCUCCAUCGUGGCAGUCGUGGACGAAAUGAUGACCCAUCUGUACAAGCUCAACCGCAUGCGGCCCAACCCAGUGGUUCUCAGCAUUCCUCUCGAGACGUCGAUGGUAUCGGGCUUGGGCAUGUCGUCCUCGUUCACCGCAAUAACACCGCCCCCCCGACGGAAAUCGCUGAUGGCGCGGCUUGCGUCUGCUUCGAUGGGAGGACUGUCGCCGGUUCAGGUGACGAGCAAUGCAGCAGACAAAUACAAGCAAGCGUUGGAGUUGCGACGGCUGGUUCGAUCUGCGCUGUCAGCUAUCACGACGAUGAGUUUGCAAUUGCCUCGCGUGAUAGAAACAGUAGUGGACAUGACCACCGAAGUCGACGACAAAAGUUAACAACCAUAACGCUAUCAUUUUAGCUGCAA